AUGAGGCUUCUCGUAGCCUUUUACGCCCUGUGCUGGGCGAGCACGCUGCAACCGGUCGUCGCUGGUCCGCUCGGCCGGUUCAGCAAAUGGUGUGUUGUUGCCCUCUGUCCAGCGUCGCGCAAAGGAAAGACGAGUGAAAUCUACCAUCAACAUCCCGAGCUCGCUGCUGCUGCGCCCGACGACUUCCUCAUCAGUACCCUCCGUGUCGACGAAUUCUGUGGUUCCAGUCGUUCCCUCGCCAACCUCAGCAUCAAUCCCAGUGCCUUCGCCCACCACCGAGAGCACUUCAUUUCCCGUCACCACCACGCCCGUACCGGUGGAGAGCGCUUCGACUUCGGCCCUGGCUUCGCCUUCCACUGUGGAAGCUUCUCACUCGAGCGCCGCGCCCUUGUCGCCUUCUACGGAAAGUCCCUCCGUGCCGGCAACGAGCUUACCUUCGACGUCAGCGACCUUGUCAACGGCGAUUUCCACCCCAAUUGCCACCUCGAGCCCUGCCUCCGCGUCUUCAUCCCAGAUUCGGCCUCCACCGACCAUCUCGUCUGCUGUAGAAUCAUCCUCCGAACCAGUUAUCGGGUCUUCCUCGUCACCCCUGAUCCCCUCCUCGGCUGUCUCCUCCAACUUGGAAUCAAGCUCAACUCUAGUCUCCGGUCCUUUGCCCACAGCUCCCUCCAGUGCAGUCGAGUCCCGCCCGCCUUCCACGUCUACGUCAAGCUCGGCAGUGGCAAGUUCCACUACCUCGUCCUUUUCGAGUCCCUCUUCCUCCAAUUCACCUCCAUCUUCCAGUCUUAG